CUAUAAAAGCCCUGGUCUUACCCCGAGUCAGCUUCAUUUCACAUCAUGGAGAGUCCGAGAGUCCAGUCCUCGUACAGGAAGCGCUUCGGGCCUCAGGGUUCGGGCAGCGCAGGAGCUCGGAUCGGGAGCCUUUCCUCCAACCGCCUCUCGUGGCACGGCACCCCUCGCAACCUCACCUACUCCAGCCCGAUGUCCCGGAUCUCCUUGGGCUCAACCAACGCGGCCCUGCACCUGGGGAGCCCCGUCGACCGGCUGGACUUCUCCGCCGACUCCCUGAUGAAGGCCCAGUACAAGGAGACGCGCACCAACGAGAAGAUGGAGCUGAUGGGCCUGAACGACCGCUUCGCCAGCUACAUCGAGACGGUGCGCCUUUUGGAGCAGCAGAACAAAAUGCUGGUGGCAGAGCUGAACCAGUUUAAGGGGAAGGAGCCCAGCCGCCUGGGGGACAUCUACCAGGAGGAGCUGAGAGAGCUGCGCAGGCAGGUGGACGGUCUCACUGCUGCCAAAGCUCGGCAGGAAAUAGAGAAGGACAACCUGGCUGCAGAUGUGACCGUGCUCAAGCAGAGGCUGCAAGAUGAGAUUGGCCUCCGACAGGAUGCAGAAAACAAUCUGAAUGUCUACAGACAGGAUAUGGAUGAGGCGAGUCUCAACCGGGUCCAGCUAGAAAGGAAGAUUGAUUCUCUGCAGGAAGAGAUAGAGUUUUUGAAGAAGACUCAUGAGGAGGAGCUGCGUGAGUUACAGGAGCAUAUCAUGGCCCAAAAGGUGCACGUUGACCUGGACGUAUCCAAACCAGACCUGACUGCUGCUCUGAGGGACAUCAGGGUCCAAUAUGAAACUAUGGCCUCCACCAACAUGCAGGAGACGGAGGACUGGUACCGAUCCAAGUUUGCUGACCUGACAGAUGCAGCCAAUCGAAACACAGAAGCCCUGCGCCAAGCCAAACAGGAGGCCAAUGAGUACCGGCGUCAGAUCCAAGUGGUGACCUGCGACCUCGAGGCGCUCAGAGGGACAAACGAGUCUCUGGAACGCCAACUCCGGGAGAUGGAGGACCGCUUCGCCAGGGAGACGGCCGGUUACCAGGACACAGUGAGCCGUCUGGAGGAGGACAUCCACACUCUGAAGGAGGAGAUGGCGAGACACCUGCAGGAGUACCAGGCCCUUCUCAACGUCAAGCUGGCCCUGGAUAUAGAGAUUGCCACCUACAGGAAGCUGCUGGAGGGAGAGGAGAGCCGGAUUACCAUUCCAGUUCAGAGCUUUUCUAACCUACAGUUCAGAGAUACUAACUUGGACACUAAACCCCCAGAGGCGCAUGUGAAGAGGAGCAUCCUGGUCCGCACUGUGGAGACCAGAGAUGGAGAGAUAAUCAAGGAAUCAACAACUGAACACAAAGAUCUUCCUUGAAGCUCAUUCCUCCUGAUUCGAGAGUGAUCACAAUUCAUUUUUUGUCUCCAAACCCCAAAGCUUCCCGUCAGUCAUCAAUUUAUUUCAUUUUCCCCUUUACUGCCCUACAACCACAACCUAAACGUUAAUCAUUCCUAGAUGUGCUCAUUAGAUUUAUUAUUAUCAGCUUUUGUACAGCUGUGAGUAGAAUGUAGGUCACCCAUCUUGAAUGAUUAAAUGAUCUGCAGCCUGUUCCAGGAAAAACUAUUGGAAAUCUGUUUGAUUUUAAUUUUGACUGACAGCACAGCUUUUCAGCAUUGUUUCAGAGUAGCUGCUAUAAGAGAGGCCUUGAUAAGUAGCAAUUGUGUUCAGCUAACAUGGGGUGAAGGAUGAUAUGAGGAUAUUUGUAAGUGAAACGUGCCAUGGAAAGUCUGAGAGAGAGUUUGUUUUUUGCAGACAACAUAAUCGUAUGUAGACACGAAAUGAGAGGUAUGUGUAUGUAAAAACAGCUUGUGGCAGAACAGCAGUUAAAUCUGGACUGUUUCAAUUCAUAUUUCCAUCUCUGCUUUGCCCAGUGUUAUUUUGCAUUUCAUUUCUUUGUGCAAGCAGCAACUAUCUGUGUGUUGCUGCUUGUAUAUCCUUUAAAAAUGUUUUAAAUGUAUUCCUGCCUCACCACCAUUUAAGACGUGUGCUCAGAUUGGAGCUGGGCAAAUUAAUAUGACUCACACUCAAACUAGUAUGUUUUUAUACAACGUUUUCUUGUGUUACGACCCUGAACCUCACAGAGCAAUCUGCUAUUGCCACUAAGGAUAAAACUGUGAAAGCAGGUGAUGCAACAAGUGUUAUGUAUGACAAGCUGGACGGUCAGUGAUCUGUAGACACUGUGAUUGACUCAUGUGCUGUAUACUCACACCAAGGAGGCACACAGGAAUCCAACAGGAACUGUUUGCAAAAUCUCAAGGACACCAAAAAAACAGAUAACUGACAGCUGGGGCAUUCAAUGUGAGGUCACAGCCGAGUGCAGAACAUAUCAAAGGUAUGAUGUUUGAUUUAUACGUUUUGGCAUCAGGACUUCCAUUAUCCCUCAGAACAGCUCUACCAAUCACCAGUUCUGUCUAGACCAGUUUGUGCAGUCAGCCCAUUUGUGUGACUGCAACAAAGGCCGAUGCUAUGUUUGAGUGCCUUUUACUCAGAGGGCAGUGACCAUGGCAACGUUUUGCAGUGAUGUCACAUCCAUACCGUUAAAAAGAAAUGGUACUACAAAAUGGACAAAAAUGAACAACUUUCAUUGUCUAUUCAUCAUAGACCCAGCUGGUGGCGUCUUCUCUCUUGAGCACAACCCGAUAAAACAUCGUUUGACACCGCGACGCGUCGGGGCACGCUCACUUAUCCAAAGGGGUGACAGGGACAUAUUCAGGUUGGACGUGUGGAGGAGGUGUUUGAAAGCUGUUGCUUCGUCCAGCCUCCAGUUUCUCCACCAAUAUCCCUCCUCCCAAAUUCACUGUCCAAUAUGUGUAGUGUUUGUCUGAUAGCAGAGAGAGGGGGGGGGGGGGGGGGGGGGGGGGGGGGGCGAGAGAGAGAGAGAGAGAGAGAGAUACAGAGGCAGUGGAAAGUGCUCUGGAUAUAACCUCCAGCAAAUCCCACAGCACCAGAAUCCCUUUAUCUUUUAUUAAUAUGUCGAAUGGGAUGACAGUGAGGUGAAAGGUAAAAUGAGGCUUGAAGGAGGGAUGGACGGAUAGAUGGAACCGCUCAAAGCUGUGAGCCAAGCCUCCUGCUUUGUCAGAAGUCCUGCUGACUGAGGCCGCGCUGACACUAACGAGAGUGAUGCCACACCGGCGCUGGGUGUUGCUGCGCUCGUCGCCAAGGACACACUGUGAAUUUGUGUUCCCAUGUGCCUCCCACCUGCUCCCCCUCCACAACCUCCACUCCCGUCACUCAGCCCCUUCUCCUGUUUCUCCCAGUAACAUGCAGUGCUUUCUUAUUUUUAAAAUAUGAUCUUAGAUAGAACUUCUGACUCUCUAGUUGACACAGAUAAACCCUGCAGUUGUGGGGGGGAAGGAAACCACUGCAGGUUAGAAUAUAACCUUAGUUCUAAUUAAUGCUAAAUGUUACAAUGUUACAAGUUAACAACAAUAAAACAUGAUUCAGA